CUCGAGGGAUGCUGAACAGUGAGGCGGCGCGCGCGCAUCGCUCGCACGUGUGUUACAAAGUUUGACACAUCGAUUUUUUUUUAUUUGGAAUUUUAAGAGAAUUAACAAUGCUUCGGCACUUCGUGUUACUGGCUCUGGGCUUACAGCUGACACAGCUAACCUUGGUGGAAACAGCACAACAGUACGUCAAACUCUCCGAUUCCUACCUACCAGUGGCAAUGCAGGUCAUAGCCCAUCUGACCGACCAAAUGGCCUUCGAAGUGAAGGACGAGCCCCAGCAGCCGACCAAGAAGCCCACCACGCCAAAGGCCACAACGAGGAGACCAGAAGUGACCAGCAAACCGUACGUGGGGCAGUAUACCUUGGACAGCUUCUACCCUGGACCUUUCCAGAGCUUCGCUAGCGGAUGGGUGAUGAAGUAUGGGUGGAGCUUGGAUCAAACAACAGCUCACCACAAGCCUGGACUAUUUGCUCCCAACUCCCCACCUCGGCCAAUCGACAGAAUUCUCCCAAAGAGCCCGCAGAGAUUCGUUCUUCUGCCUCUCGAAUACAACUCGCAAUACACCGUCAUCGAACCACUAGAAAGACGAACAGAAGAACCGUUACUAUCUAUCCAAGACGAAGAAGUCAGACCUUUAAUGGAACCCAAUCCUGAAGCGGCACCAUUACUACCACCUCAUUUCCCAUCAGAUAAACUUUCAAGAUCCGAAGACGGGGAUGAGAAUUUGCAGUAUUUGUCAGAAACAGUAAGAGAUAUGAUCAAGAUGGCGAGGGAUCCUGAUGAUGAGAGGCUGGUGGACGUGUUCGGUGACACCAGGGCUGGACCGACGACGGGGAACAAGGCGUCUCUUUCGUCGUCCAAUUUGAGGUUGUUGCUGCUGUAUGAUCUGCUGAGUAGGGAAGCGAAAAGGCAGAAGCUCUCUGAUUAUGGCGGCUUUUCACCAGCAGUGAUGAAGACCCUCGUGGGCUCCUCAGACGGAGGUGCCAGAGCCCAGCUCAGCCUGGCCCUGUCCAAGAUGUUGGAGCGGAACGACUGCGAGCAUCAGUACGCCAACAACCGAGCCAAGGAGAUGGUCGCCGAACUUGCCAAGGACGAGUCCAAGUUGUCCUCCGAACUCAGAUACCUUCAGCCUUUGGUGUAUUCUUAUUGAUUUUGUGAAAAGGAAUUGACGAAUUUGACCUCUACUGGUGAUUAAAAUUGAAUUUCCGCAUAAUUUAAGUUAGUUCCUUUGGGAGUAGUUCAAUCAGUGAAGUCCCGUAAUUAACUAAUUGACUUUAAAUUUUUGCGUUGCUCUUUACUAUUAAUUUUAUCUCGGAAGUUUAUAAGGUACGUUACGUGCGCGUUUAAUACCUGGAUUAAUUAUAAAAAGUCUCGUUUAUAUUUAUUAAAAAGAAUAGAAAAGAAAUUGCAAACCCUUUUCAAUCAUUGCUCUAGUAUUGACAUACGAGUAUCUACGCUACCCAACAAUAAGUGUUCUUCCUACAGGCAUUAAUUCCAUCCUUACCCCUCUCAAAGGAGCCCUGGGUGCGCCUUUGACUAUGGUCUAAGCUAAUCAUAAAUACAGACUCUAAAUCGCGCUAGCAAAGUUUCUACGAAUUGGAGCAUACACCUCCGACUCUCGUCGCGCGGUUCCCCGGCGCCUAUAUCUAGCCUGGCUGAAGAUCAUCUAAAUGCCAAGCAAUUUCUUGGCUUAUUAAGGAUAUAAAAUAAAAAUAUCGUGCGUUCGUCCUCUCCAUGUUUAUUACAGAAUGUUUUCCGGAUCGGAAUCGAAAAUGCAUUAAGUAUAAAGUGCUCAUCGGUAAAAUUGUAACAAUGCCAUCUAGUGCAAAUCGGUGGAACUACAACGCAGUCAUACCAUAUUGUUGCGUUUCCAAUCCUAAUAAGUUCUGAAAAAUCAGUUAGAUGGCGCUGUCGAUAGACAUCUUCCCGAUAGCUCGCUUGAAUCGUCAUGGUUAUUUGAAUGUAUUGAAGUUAAUCCUUCUUCAUACUCCUUUCAAAAACCUAUCUUCCUGGUACAAUAAAAAUAACUGUUUAUGGCAGCCUUCGUCGGCUUGAUUAAAACCCAUAGAGGUCAAAUUUUGUCACUAUUUUAAUAUUUGCCAUAUACUUUAUGA